ACUCAUAUUUGAUCUUCUUUUAUUUUAAGGAUUAGUUUUGCUCGUUGUUGAAUAAUGCAGUAAAUAAUCAUUACACCGACAACCACUAUAAUGUGGUCGGCCAAUGAUAAAACUUCCGUUUGCAAUAAUCAAAUUGAAGGUGGUUUCCCUAAACAGAGAAGAAAGCAAUGGGCGGAUAAUAUACCGUAUACCCCUCCUAAUGCGCCCAGUUCCCCCGAAGUUGAACUUCCCACUCUCGUUCUCACCCACUUUGCAAAGAAACCAAUCGUGGAUUUCGGAAACGUUCAACUCGGAACAACAGCACACAAGGAACUUCUCGUUCAAAACCCGGAAGAUUUUCCAAUCCAGCUGAAAAUUGAGAAGUUUCCGUAUAAGAAGAACUUUGGUAUUUCAAAGGAAAGGAUUGUCGUCGAGGGGUUGUCAUCUUACAAGUUAUUGUUGUCAUGGCAACCUAGUGAGGAGGGGGGUUGUAGGGGUUUGCUGCAAGUCAAUUGUGACGGGAUAUUUCGGCUCGUCGUUGUUUUGCUGGGGAAAGCUACAGAAGCUAAGAAGGUUCGAAGACGGAAGUUUUCGAGAUGGAAAUCGUUGAAACCCUCAACACCCAUUGUUGUUGCGCCACCUGUGGACAAGAAUGUACAAGAUGAUGAAAUAGAUAAAGAGAAUCUUCCGCAACCACUAGAUGACAGUAUUGAGUUCCAACCCAGAGAUAAAAGAUUGAGUUGGUUAUUUGAGGAUCAACCUCACAGCGGACGAUCGACAUAUAUAUUACCUCAACCCCAACACUUGAGGGAACCAGAGAUCACCCACACGGUGGAACCAGAGAUCACCCACGCGGUGGAACCAGAGAUCACCCACGCGGUGGAACCAGAGAUCACCCACGCGGUGGAACCAGAGAUCACCCACACGAUGGAACCAGAGAUCACUCACACGGUGGAACCAGAGAUCAUCCACUCGGCGGCAGACAUGAGCCUGCUUGAAGAAUUUCGCGCAAAAGUUUUAGCGAACGAGGAAAACAUUGAAGUAAAACAAGAGGUGAUGAAUAUAAGUGACUGCAGCACAGCAACUUUUGUGAUGAACAAAGAAUCUUCUCCGAAACAAACGUUGGCAAAAAGUCCGUUGAAAGAAAAACCAACGAGAAAACCACUCAAGCGGAAAUCCUCGGUUUCCUACAAACCUAAUAAGAGCCCAAAACAAGAGAAACGGAGAAUCAUCAUCACCCCAAAGAGGAUUGCUUCCAAGAGAGGGACAAAAUCUCCCAAAAUUUUGGCCGCACGAAAAUCUUUUUCAACCAAACCUUCGUUGAAUAAACCACGCCGUAGUCUUCAAGUAGGGGAUCUCCCAGUGAGGAAACCACCUAACACAAGACGUUCAGUGUCGGUUUUGCCACCUAAGAAAAAGAAACCAAUUAAAGGUGUCCCGUUAUCCACACUCACCCUCACCACCCCCCACCCCACCAACCAUGAUGUACCUCCAUACCGCCACCCGAUGGUUUACGCCACACAGAAUCGAUUCUACGACCCUCGUUGGAAAGAUAAACAAGAACACGCCCUCGUGUGUUGGCUUAACUAUGUUCUUACACCGGAUGAAUUUAAAUCUGUCGAUUCAGAGAAACCGGCUUCCACCCCUGCUAUGACAAAGGAGGUUGCUUCGCUACGAACGUAUCGAGUGACGAUGAAACUUAACCAACUUCGUUUAAAUAUUUGCCGAUUAUUCUCGUGCGAUGACGUGACAUCAGUGAUCCUUCGAUUGGAAGAAGAAGUUGAUACGAUGAGGAUCAGUGUGCGAGAGGACCGGCAUAUGAGGAAGGACGUUGGCAGCAAACAGAAGUUGUUAAAGUUAUUGCUUCAAUACAACCCGUUAUGGCUGCGCAUCGGACUCGAAGCAACAUUCGGCGAAAUGUUACCGAUAUAUUCAAGUGAUCAAACUAAACAACUUCAACACUUCAUCUCACAUCGAUUGUUGGGGAACGAUGAGAUAGCGCACAAGUACGCUCACCCUACUGUGCCACAUUUAUAUAAAGAUGGGUUCCGAGAUGAAAUGUCAAAACACACGUUGAAGAAAAUGUUCACGUUGAUCUAUAUACUUGAUCGUGCAAAGUCAGCUCGGCUUAUCCAACAUGAUCCAUGCUUGUUUAACAGGAAAGCUGUGAUCACAUCAUCACGUGAACUACUUCAUAUCAUAUCACGUGAUUUCCUCAAGGGAGAAGGAGAUAUUAUAAAACAUCUAUCUUACAUCGGGUACACGGUCAACCAUGUCCAAUCCUUUCUCGAUGAAUUUCAAUACGGUGUCAAUAACUUGGCAGUGGACAUGAGGUAUGUACAUAGUGUUGCCAUUAUUUAGUUGUAGUUUAUGUUU